AUGGCCGCAUCUUCUAUAAAAAUACUAACAGUAGGGUCUGCAGUAGGUUCAAUUCGCGACUUAUUUGCCAAAGUCAAGACCAUCGACGCGAAACACGGGAAGUUUGACCUCUUACUAUGCACCGGCGACUUUUUUGGGACGCCCAACGACGAGGCGGAUGAUGAGAUCGGGCAGCUUUUGGGGGGCCAGCUAGAAGCGCCCAUUGAAUGCUACAUUAUGCAAGGCGAACAUCCGCUCCCUGCACGCGCCGUGGAAAAAUUUGCGAAGACAGGAGGAGAGCUGUGCAAGAAUGUGUUCCUGAUGAGCAAAUCUGGGAUCAUCACAACUGCGAACGGAUUGCGGAUAGCAUGUCUCGGAGGAGUAUUCAACCCGAGUAUAUUUGGCUCAGCUGAGACCGUACCAGGCUUUAUGUCCCCCUUCUUUUCCUACCACACAAUCGACCGCCUCCUUUCCAACACCCUCGCCAAAGCACCGUCUAUCUCUGCCUCUUCUCAAGCAGACAAGCAAAAAAGCUAUUCAUCCUUAGUAUCUAUCCAAGCCUCUACAUCCUCCUCGCAGCUCGUCGACAUCCUUCUCACGAAUUCCUGGCCUUCCUGCAUAACGCACCUCUCCUCCGCACCGCUGCCCGACCCACAGUUGUCGAGCACUGGUGCACCUCCAGUAGAUGAUGUUGUCCGAAAGACGAAGCCGCGGUAUCACUUCGCUGCCGGUGGUGGGGCCACACCGGCGAGGUUCUGGGAGCGAGAGCCGUAUGUGUGGGAGGACGAGCAAGGACGGGUGGGUAGAUUUGUGGGACUAGGUGCGUUUGGUGGUGAGCAGGGCACGGGAAAGAAGCAACGGUGGUUUUACGCGUUUAGCAUCGCGCCGAACACGACUGGGGAAGCGCAAGCCAGGCCAGCAAAUACAACGAAGAACCCAUUCGUAGGGGGAGUUCCACGAGCGCAGAAACGGACGUUGGAUAUGGACGGAGGGGAGAACUACAUUUUUGGAAACGUGCAGCAGCCUGUGAAAAGAACACGAGUUGUACAACAAGGAGAGCCUGGUAAACCACCGCCAGGGUAUAAAUGUCGACGAUGUGAAUCCACAGAGCACUUUAUCAACGAUUGUCCAGAACGAAGUAAGCCACCCGAAAACUAUAUUUGCAAGAUAUGCAACGAGCCAGGUCACUUUGUGCGCGAUUGCUCCACAAGAGACGCAACUGGAGAUACUGGGGGCAAAAAACCAAAGCCUGGAUAUCGCCAACCUCAACACGAGAGACGCGGCGGCAAGCGUGGACCUCCGAAGGAAAUUGCACCCGACGAAUGCUGGUUCUGCUUGUCCAAUCCAAACCUUGCCAAGCAUCUUAUCGUUGCUAUUGGCACUGAGUGCUAUGUAACACUGCCCAAAGGCCAGAUCAUCCCAACGCAAUCGGCCGCCGACAGCGUAGAUGUUCCUGGGGGUGGUCAUGUUCUUGUCGUUCCGAUCACGCACUACCCCACAUAUUCGACGAUUCCGCCAGACCUGGCACCACCGAUCGUCGAGGAAACGGAGAACUUCAAGUUGGCUUUGUCUACUAUGUACGCCAAGUACGGCUCGGUGCCGGUCAUCUUCGAAGUCGGUCGACUGUCAGCCAAAGGCGGCCAUGCGCACAUCCAAGUGGUGCCCAUGCCCGCACGUCUCAAGGGCAAGAUCGAGGAAGCCUUCGUCAAUGAGGGUCGCGCGCAGGGCAUCGACUUCGAGGUGGACCCUGAUGAGGCGCUGGCUGCGUGUGCCAACGGUCGAGGGAGCUACUUCAAGGUCGAUCUACCUGAUGGGCGGAAGAUGGUGCAUUUGCUAAAGGACCAUGUCCCGUUCGGUAUUCAGUUCGGGAGGCAAGUCCUAGUCACUUUGUUAGGUACUCCCGACAGACUGGAUUGGAAGGCUUGCAUGCUCUCAGAGGAGGAGGAUAAGGCCGACGCUCAGGCCUUCAAGACUGCUUUUGCUCCUUUUAAUCCUUGUGCUUGA